GUCGAAAGUAAACUUGCUCCAAUACCUUCACGUAAAUACCUAUUUUACACACUACGGUAUUCGAGAACCUUGAAGUAGCUCUCUGCGCCAUCCAGGUAAUCUUUAAUACAACCGUCACCGUGGCGCCACUGAAUUUUCUCUGGUCAGCCGGAUCAGCUCCGGGCGGCGCAGCCAACACCACACACACCCAGGACAAGGACGCUGCGCCGGACUCGCUUCAAGCCAUGCCUAACCACCCUGACACUCCCACCCUCACACCCCAGUUUUGUUUCUCUACACUUGCGUUACGAGAGUUCCUCCGCUUAUCCCGAAGCGCCAUCGACGAUUCCAUCACACAGAACCUCAACGCUCUGCAAGAGCCGGCAAAGCAACAAUUCGACCCGGCGGCCGUGUCGCAACGAAUAGCCCGACCGAUGCACCGGAUGAUCGAGGCAGAAAAGUGCCAGUCCUUUAGGGAGAAGGUGCUCUUCCCGUCGUGGAAGGCCCGGAGUGACGUGAUAUCCUACUGCGCCGCGGUGGCCACGAGCCCGGACCCCAGCGACCCGGACGCGGCGCUCAGGGAGGCGGAGCUGGCCAAGGACAAGGAGAGGGUCAUUGACGAGAGGUUAGAUCCGUACUCGGCGCGCUUCUAUCCGAGGGAGGCGCGGACCGAGAGGCUGGCCAUACUGCUGCGACAGGAGCGUGGGGUGGAGAACAUUGUCAGGACGCGGACGUGGGACAUUAUCAAGGGGAGGUGCCCUGAAGACCAGUUUGAGACCUGGGAGGACUCUUUCAAUCGGUGGCAGAAGAGUAUGCGUGAGCGACCGUCUGCGGGGACACCCUCUCCUUAGGUUUUGGGUGAGGGGGAUACUGAUACUCUCGGAUUUGUAGAGGGAUAUAUACGCGAGGCAUAUGUGGUUGUUGUUGUUGUUGCAUAAGGUAUAUAUGUACGUCUAUGUGUACACAUCGACUCAAUAGAAAAACAAUCUUUUCUUUUUUA